UCGGUGUGCGAGUGAAACGAACGGCUAGAUCCUUCUCUCUAGCCGUCGGAUGUAAAGUCCGCAGACCCUACGUCACGGACUACCGUACUCGGCGUACUCGGCGUACUUCGUACCCGCGCAUAGCUCGGUUAAACGGGCGCACGUGCAUUCGUCCGACAAUCAACGCCAAUUUACUAUACAUACGCGAAAUUCACCAUCAACUGGCAGUCUGGCGCGGUACCCGGUGAACGUCGCAUGACGUUGAAAAGGAAGAAGAGAAAAAAAAAAAAAAACAAGAACAAACAAGAACGUAACAACAAAUAAAUAAAUAAAAGUAAAAACUUCGCGACUAGUAUCCAGGUCUAGCGUUUUUCCGUACCGUGUAUAUUCUAUUUAUUCGUGAUUUUGAUCGAACAAUUUUUCACCGUUAUUAAACAGAGAUUUAUAAAUAGUAUGAGAUAUAUAUAAUACAUUCGACUAAUCACAUUCCCAUACUUAGAAAAGAGAUAAGAAUUUUCAUUUCAAUAUCGUCGUCGUCACCAUGGUGGAAUUAAUCGAAGCAAUUUUGGACGUACCGAAAAUCUAUUACGGUGCACUACUCGGAAUAGGAUUCUGCACUUACUAUCUAUGCGAAGUGGUCAGAAGGCCGAUCCUAGCCUGCGCACCUGGUCCGUUUCGUGAUUUUCUGGAAGACAACAUUCCAAUAGUAACUAAUAAAUUUUGGCCCACGUUAUGGUGCUUCGAAUCCAGGGCUCAAACUGUGAUGGCCAGUAUACUGCGCUCGAGAUAUCUACCGGAGGUGAUGUAUCGUCGGGAGAUUCUCGUACUGGAGGACGGAGGUGAAGUGGCGUUGGAUUGGGCGGAAUCGAAUUGUUCUCCGCACUCACCUAUUGUGAUAAUCCUUCCGGGAUUAACCGGUGCCAGUCAAGCCGAGUACAUAAAAUGUCUCGUCGGAGCUGCUAAAAACGUCGGAAUUCGUUGCGUGAUUUUCAACAAUCGAGGCCUCGGGGGCGUCGAAUUGAAGACUCCUCGUACAUACAACGCAGCAAACUGCGACGAUUUAUCCGAAGUUGUCCAGCACGUGAGAAAACUUCAUCCCAACGUUCCCCUGGGAGCUACGGGAAUCUCCAUGGGAGGAUUAAUACUGGGGAAUUAUCUAGCCCAUCAAGGACCCGCGGCAUCGGCGAACGUAAAAUCCGCACUGAUAAUAUCGGUGCCAUGGAACGUUUUCGAGGGGACAAAGAGCAUCGAGAAACCAUUUUUAAAUCUCAUGUUGAACAAACAUUUGGCGAGUAAUCUUUGCCGAAACGUUAAAAGGGCCGAACUCCAAUUAAACGCUACGGAAAAACGAUUCCAUUGGGACACCGACGACAUGAUGAAGAGUUGCAAAACCGUGAGGGAUUUCGAUCAGAGUUUUACCAUAAAACAAUUCGGUUACAAAGCUGUCGAAGAUUAUUACGCGGACGCUACUUUGCACGACAAACUUCACCGCAUUGAAAUUCCCGUGCUGUGUCUAAGCGCUGCCGAUGACCCCUUCCAACCUCUCGAAGCAAUUCCAAUCGAAGAAGCAAACAAAUCUAAGAACGUCGCAAUCGUCGUGACAUCACGUGGCGGUCACAUAGCAUUUUUGGAAGGUGUUUGGCCGGUUCAACAGGACCAAUAUAUAGGAAAAUUAUUCUCGCAAUAUUUCACCGCAAUUUUUACUCAGGACUUGAAUUGCGGUAGAAAUGUGACGACGCCCUAGCGAACCGAAAUUCAGAUGGGGGAAUAAUGAAAACGGGGAAAAUAAAAACUGUAACCGCAAUCGGAUGACAAUUGAGAAUUAUGAACGAGUCUGUAAUCGUAUGUUCGCCUGUAUAACUCAUGACCGUAUGCAUUUGUAUUUCAAACGUUUGAAGAUGAGGAUGCUGAAAAUCAAAUUGUGAAGAAUGAAAAAAAAAAAAAAAAGCGUUAUUUUGUAUAUCGUAAAUACGGGUACAACGGUGUGUACAGGUGAACCUGAACGAGGACCAAUUGUGAUACAUAUACAUAAAUGAAUAAUGACGUAACUUUGAAACGUGAUAAAUAUUAAAUAGAAGAACAGGAAAAAUGAAACGGAAAAUAGAAUUAAAAUUCAAAUACAACAAACGACGACACGUAGGUAGACUAUAUGUAAUAUAGGUUGUAAAUUGCGAUUUAUCAUUCCGCACAUCGAUUAAUAAUAAGUCCGCAAUGAUUGCGGUAAUUGUAUCGACUAGUUCCAGCCUAAUAUAUACGCCUAUUAUCAGUCAUAAUUACAUUGUAAAUAUUGAUAAAAACACGUAAUAAUAGGCCUAAUGCAAUUCGAAACUGUACAUAAUAAACUUGGGGACAUUAAUCCAUUAA